CCAUUACGUCUUCAGUGCACCGGAAGUGACCCUUGCGGGGGGGAUUGCCCGGUCUAGCGAGUCAGGAAAAGCUAAGUUUAGAUUGUAAGAAAAGAAAAUAGAAGCCAUGUUUCGAAGACCUGUAUUACAGGUACUUCAUCAGUUUGUAAGACAUGAGUCUGAAGUAGCUAGCAGUUUUGUUCUUGAAAGAUCUCUGAAUCGUGUGCAGUUACUUGGGCGAGUAGGUCAGGACCCGGUCCUGAGACAGGCAGAAGGGAAAAAUCCAGUAACAAUAUUUUCUCUAGCAACAAAUGAGAUGUGGCGAUCAGGGGAGAGCGAAGAAUAUCAAAUGGGUGACAUCAGUCAAAAGACAACAUGGCAUAGAAUAUCAGUAUUUCGGCCAGGCCUUAGAGAUGUAGCAUAUCAGUAUGUGAAAAAGGGGUCUCGAAUUUAUGUGGAAGGAAAAAUAGACUAUGGUGAAUACAUGGAUAAAAAUAAUGUGAGGCGACAAGCAACAACAAUCAUAGCUGAUAACAUUAUAUUUCUGAGUGACCAGACAAGAGAAAAGGCAUAAAAUGGAUGAUUCUUCUUUGACCAUUGUUUGGAUUCAGUGGCAUAAUAGUGCAUCCUUCAGGAUCAUCUCAGUGAGCUGAGGAGAUCUUCUCCAAACUCUUCUGCUGGAAAUUGCCUCUUACCCUUCUGUCCCUGAAAAACCAUUAGGCUGAAUCAAUUUUCAGUCAGGUUGAGUCCCCUUCCUGCAUAUUGAUUCUGCUAGAUCCAGUUGUCCCUAAUCAGAUAGACUGGAUCAUAACCUCUGCCUUCCCCAUCUGCUGAGAAACUUCCUAAAGCUCUUACAGACUGUAGGGGUCUUCUAGCCCAACUUCAGGUUUUUUAAUUCCCUUUUUCAUGGUGUGAAGGCCCAACCUGCAGAAAAUUGCCCUAUGAUUUUCAUUUGGGGAUUCCAUGUUAAAUGGAAAGAUGAGCAUAAUAUGUCAAAAAGUGGGAGAAAAAGUACCAAGCAACAUGUGUGAUGUUAUCCCAUAUUUGAAAAGUUAUAACUGAGUAUAAGCUUUAAAAAUUUUGGAAGGAGAAAUAUUGAAAUGUUUUGAUUACUUCUGGAUAGGGAUUUUAUAAGUGUGGUUUUUCUUAUUAUAUAUGCUUGUGUGUGUAUGUAUUACAACAUAAGCAUAUAUUACUUUUAUAAUAGUAGUAAUAAAAAUAUUUUCAUUUUGGGGAAAACAUCUUGCCAUUAUUUCGAAACCAGGCUUAUUGUACUUACCAGUACUGCUUCAUAUACUGGAAUGAACAAGAAAAACUUCCAUAUACUUUCCCAGUCAUCUGUACUUUAGCAUCUUAUGCUCCUUUACUUUAUCCACCUUUUAAUAGUGUGUGUGCAACCCAAAAGGAUGAUUUUAAA